UGAAAGUAUGUCGGAAGUGUAUGGUGACAGCUUCCCGUGCACGUUCCUGUUCGCGGUUGCUAGCUUUCGAAGCUAAGCUAGCCUUCAGGAUGCCGUCUAUUGAAUACGACGACUCCAAGCCCAGCUGGGCGGACCAGGUCGAGGAGGAGGGUGAUGAAGGUACACUUCCAUCACCAAAGGAAACUAUUAAAGGAAACAUUAAAACAGUGACUGAAUACAAAAUAGAAGAUGGGAAGAAGUACAAGAUUGUGCGGACUUUCAAGAUUGAGACCAGAAAGGCUUCAAAAGCUGUUGCCAGGAGAAAGAACUGGAAGAAGUUUGGAAAUUCUGAGUUUGAUGCUCCCGGCCCUAAUGUUGCCACCACCACUGUCAGCGAUGAUGUUUUUAUGACUUUUGUUUCCAACAAAGAGGAUUUGAAUUCCCAAGACCAAGAUGAAGAUCCCAUGAACAAACUGAAGGGACAGAAGAUUGUGUCCUGUCGUAUCUGUAAAGGGGACCACUGGACCACCCGAUGUCCCUACAAGGACACUCUGGGGCCCAUGCAGAAGGAGCUGGCUGAACAGCUUGGGCUUUCCACUGCAGACAAGGAAAAACCUGCUGGCUCUGCUGAACCAGAACCUGCACAGCCUGCUCAAAGCAAGACUGGUAAAUAUGUUCCCCCGAGCCUGAGGGACGGGGGAACCAGGAGAGGGGAGUCCAUGCAGCCUAACCGCAGAGCUGAUGAUAAUGCAACAAUCCGCGUGACCAAUUUGUCUGAGGACACCCGUGAGACAGACCUACAGGAGCUAUUCAGACCAUUUGGCUCAAUCUCAAGGAUCUAUCUGGCCAAGGACAAGAAUACUGGGCAGUCCAAGGGAUUUGCCUUCAUCAGUUUUCAUCGCAGGGAAGAUGCUGCCAGAGCCAUUGCAGGAGUGUCAGGAUUUGGAUAUGAUCAUCUUAUUCUUAAUGUUGAAUGGGCCAAGUGAGUGCUUCUAUUCUGAUGUGU